AUGGUGUAUGUUCAGUGGAAGAUUGAUGAUAAACCUGUAAAAAUUGACAAGUGGGAUGGAUCUGCGGUGAAAAAUUCUUUGGAUGAUUCUGCCAAAAAGGUGCUUCUAGAAAAGUACAAGUAUGUGGAGAAUUUUGGUUUGAUUGAUGGCCGCCUCAUCAUCUGUACAAUCUCCUGUUUCUUUGCCAUUGUGGCUUUGGUCUGGGACUACUUGCACCCCUUUCCAGCAUCCAAGCCAGUCCUUGCCUUAUGUGUCAUAUCCUAUUUCAUCAUGAUGGGGAUCCUGACCAUCUAUACUUCAUAUAAGGAGAAAAGCAUUUUUCUUGUAGCGCAUAAAAAAGAUCCAUCAGGAAUGGAUCCUGAUGAUAUUUGGCAGCUCUCUUCCAGUCUUAAACGAUUUGAUGACAAGUACACCUUGAAGCUGACCUUCAUUAGUGGGAAAACCAAGCAGCAGAGAGAAGCAGAGUUCACUAAAUCCAUUGCUAAGUUUUUCGACAACAGUGGGAUGCUGGUCAUGGAGGCCUACGAGCCUGAGAUCUCCAAGCUCCACGACAGUCUCGCCACAGAGAGGAAAACGAAAUAACCCUUCCAGGAGCAGCCUUUUUUCUGCUGGGAUCAUGCUGACCACACAUACACACACACACACACACACACACACACACACACCAAACAACAAAAACAAAACAGAAACAAAUACCCCACAAGCCAGAAACUAAAGCAGAUAGAGUAAAAUAAAAAAUGUUUAAAAUGUCUCAUGUUUUGUCAUGAAAUCCUAGUUCCUUCUGGAUCAAUAGGAUUUUCUAAAGUGGAAUCAGGAGCUGGGAGCUAGUGUAGAGCAAGCAAGGUCAUGGUCAGACCCGGUCCAUAUGGCUGCCUUGCUCUAACCUGUCAUUACGGUUGCUCUCUGACCUUUGGAAUUGAUUAGAUUGAAAGACUCUUGAUUUAUCAAGGACUUUUGGAAGGAGUUUUUGCUUGAAGCUCUAUAGACCUCCUCCUUUGUACCUGGCAGUGCUUAUACCAUGCAGCAGCAGCUUCCUGCAAUGCCUGCCCCUCCCUUUCUUUUAAAUUUUUUAACCUGUUCCCCAUAAUGCUGACUGUUGCACCUGUCCAUUAUUAGUUUUUUAUCCCAGGCCCUGCCUCCUUCAGGGAUUUAGGACAAAACCUUUGGGGUACAACAGCUUCUAGUCACAGACCUACUUUUGAGUUUUGUAUUUAUUGACUGAAUUGGGGGGGUGACUUUAAAAAAGUAAUAAUACACAAUACCCAUCACAUUAAUUUGUUGAAAACAGACCAGGGGAAGGAAAGAUCCUCCUUCUGGAUAUCAGGUUUUAUGCUCUUGACCAAUCAAAUCAGUCAAUGGCGUUUUUAGUUCUCUUUGUGUCCUCCAUGGCUUCUCCCCACCUCUGCCCCCCCAACUCUCCCGUUUCUUAAUUUCUGUUCUGUGUCCCUUAUUAACUGCCAUUUUCUAAAUGAAUUUUUUUCAAUAAAAGGAAAUAAGAGAUGCAAA